AGGCGGGGGCGGGGACGGCCGGGACGCCCCGGCGGCCCCGUGUGAUGCGGAGCGCGGCAGUGGCGGCGGCAGCGGCGCGGCCCUUCCCGGCGGAGCGCCGCGGUCCGGUGCGGGGCCGCCCCGCCGGGAUCCCGGGGGCUUCGGUGGGUGCUGCCGGGCAUGUCCGCCCCGGCGCAGCCCGCCGCUCCCGGCUCCUUUCAGAGCCCGCGGAGGCUCCCGAAGUGCAAGAGCCGUUUCAAGCGCUCGGACGGCAGCACCUCGUCCGACACCACCUCCAGCAUCCUCCGCAGGCAGGGCUCGGCGGACUCCUACACCAGCCGCCCGUCCCUGGACUCCGACGUGUCCCUGGACGAGGACCGCGAGGGCGCCCGGCGCGAGGUGGAGAGCCAGGCCCAGCAGCAGCUCGAGAGGGCCAAGCACAAGCCGGUCGCCUUCGCCGUGCGCACCAAUGUCAGCUACUGCGGGGCGCUGGACGAGGAGUGCCCGGUGCAGGGAGCCGCCAUCAACUUUGAAGCCAAAGAUUUCCUGCACAUCAAGGAGCCUCACCCCUGCCCUGUCCUUGCCCAGAAAUACAGCAAUGACUGGUGGAUCGGGCGCCUAGUGAAGGAGGGGGGGGACAUCGCCUUCAUCCCCAGCCCCCAGCGCCUGGAAGCCAUGAGGCUCAAGCAGGAGCAGAAAGCCAGGAGAGCUGGCAAUGCCUCGGGCCUCGGCGACAGCGGGAGCCGGCGAUCGCCUCCCCCCUCAUUAGCCAAACAGAAGCAGAAGCAGACACAGCACAUCCCGCCCUACGACGUGGUCCCCUCCAUGCGGCCCGUGGUGCUGGUGGGGCCCUCGCUGAAAGGAUAUGAGGUCACCGACAUGAUGCAGAAAGCUCUCUUCGACUUCCUCAAGCACAGAUUUGACGGCAGGAUCUCCAUCACCCACAUCACGGCCGAUCUGUCCCUGGCCAAGCGCUCCAUCCUCAACAACCUGGGCAAACAGGCCAUCCUGGAGCGCUCCACCACCCGCUCCAGCAUCGCCGAGGUGCAGAGCGAGAUCGAGCGCAUCUUCGAGCUGGCCAAGUCCCUGCAGCUGGUGGUGCUGGAUGCCGACACCAUCAACCACCCGGCUCAGCUGGCCAAGACCUCCCUGGCGCCCAUCAUCGUCUACGUCAAGGUGUCCUCGCCCAAGGUCCUGCAGCGGCUCAUCAAGUCCCGCGGGAAGUCCCAGGUGAAGCACCUCAACGUGCAGAUGAUGGCGGCCGACAAGCUGGUGCAGUGUCCCCCGGAGCUCUUCGAUGUGAUCCUGGACGAGAACCAGCUGGAAGACGCCUGUGAGCACCUUGCCGAGUACCUGGAGGUGUACUGGCGCGCCACCCACCACCCCCCGCACGCCCCCCACGCCGUCCCCUCGCCCACCGGCCUCCCGGGCCUGCAGAGCCAGCUGGGGGAGAGGGGGGAGCACUCGCCGCUGGAGCACGACAGCCUGAUGCCCUCGGACGAGGCCGGGGAGACCUCGCCCCAGCCCUGGGGGGCCACGUCCCAGCGCAGCUCCCGGCACCUGGAGGAAGAGGAGGAGGAGGAGUACGGGGACCCCUACCCCGACAUCUACCAGCCCCACCGGCACCACAACAGCGGGCUGCAGGGCCCCCCCGCGCCCGAUCGCCAAACCGAGCGCAACCAUGACAGGAACUGGCAGCGCGGGCGGCCCUGGGCCAAGGACAGCUAUUAGGGGUGGGGAGGGCGGGGGGGACACGGCUGGGAACCGGCCCCCCCCUCCCUGGGCGCUCGCCCCUCGCCCCAGCCCCGCGCUGGGGCUGCUCAGACAAUCUCCCUCUCUCGGGGAAUCUCCUCCACACCGGCAGCUUCCUCGCGCCCGACCCCCCUGGGCACGUCUUCAGCCAUAAGCACAGGGGGGGGCGGCAGCCAGGACACCCCAGGACACCCCCCCCAGCUCUGGGGGGCGGCCACCUGCCUUCUCCCUGCCUCAGUUUCCCCACCUGGCCCCCGCAUCGCAGUCUCAUUUCCCGCAGCGCAGCUGCCAUAAGCAGAGGGUGCCUCCACCCCAAAACCACCAGGUAAUGGCGGGGAGGGGGGGGACAGUUUUAGAGCGUCCCCCAUCCCACGCAGACCCGAGGAAGAAGGGGAAGGUGCCCGUCCCCCCCGCCAGGGCCUGUCCCCUCCCCUGCCCCUGCAUGGGACCCCCGGGAGGAGGGGGCUGCACCAGUCGCUUCGCUCUGCACCGAUUUCCCCCCCACCCUGGUCACCGCAGCCAAACUGCUUCCCCCGCCCAGGGAUGGGGACAGAGUGGGGGCGGCCAGACCCUGCAUGGGGGGGGCUGCUCCUCACCUGCACUCGCUGCCCCCUCCCCGCUGCUGUCACCGCAUGUCACCGCACAGUCCUGUAAAUACGGCGCCCACCGCCCUCAGUGGGGGGGUCCCAGUGCUGGGCCGACCCCCCCCUUGGCAGGGAGCUGGCGUGGGGGGGGACAGAGGUGGGGGCCACAGAUUUGUUAUAAUUUCUUUUGUAGAAAGCACCGAUUUCCCUGUAACUGGUUUCAGAAACACAAGAGUGCUCGGAA